AUGCGGUUCAGCCACAGGAUGACCACCCUCCUGGUCAGCGUCCUAGUGCUGAAUGGAGCACAGCUCAGUCUCCAGCAGUACUCCUCGGUGGGUAGCUACGUGAACAACACCCACUACACGGCGGCGGUGCAGGCCGGCGCGUGUCGUCUGUUCGUACUGCUGCUGUCGUCCCUCUCCUCUCUGGACCGGCUGCACACGGUCACCUACCUGGUGGGCAGCGUAUGGGACCACCGAGGCCACUACAUCCUACUGACCCCAGUGCCACCCGGCGACGCAGCCGCCACCGCCUCUAGCGGCGUGCUGGAAAACCUCCCCUACUUUCACGUGGCACACCCGAUUGGAGACCCCGUGCGACGGGUGGCUCUCUGGCUCUACUCAGGCUUCGACCUCUCUAUGAGAUACGUUCAAGGGUGGAAACCGAACCGAAAAGCGCCUAGCCUGUCUCCGCCUCCAGCUAACUUUGUAGGCAGACGAUUGAAAUUCGUCAGCUUUGAGCACGAACCUAGCAACAUCUACCUAGAUCACAAGUUGGGCGGCGAUCACGUGGGUAUGGAUUAUUGGUUGGCACGUGCACUCGCCGACGUGUAUAACUUCACCCUGGACAUGCGCGAGCCGACCGACGGCGGUAAGUGGGGCGAGGCGCUGCCCAACGGCACCUGGAUCGGCCUCGUGGGCGACGUCAAGGAGCGGCGGGCGCACUUCGGCAUCGCCAACAUUUUCCUGACGCUCAGCCGUUGGAAGCACGUCGACUACACGCGGCCGUACGACCAUGAGCACGCCUGUUUCGCGGUGUGGAACAAGCCGCCGCUGCCGCACUGGCUGGCCGUGGUGCGGCCCUUCUCGUGGCCGGCCUGGCUGACGAUCCUCACCAGCCUGACGCUGAGUGUGGCCGUGAUGGUGGUGCUGGCGCGACUGGCCGGCGGCGAGCGGGCCGCCUUCACCUCUCUGCCGCGCGCCGCCAUGUACAACUUCGGCGUGCUGCUGGCGCGCACCCACCUGAUCGAGCCGCGCCGCGCGCCCAGUCGCAGCUUCGACAUCGGCUGGCGGCUGGCAGCCAUGGUGCUGGGGUUCGCCUACUGCGCCAAGCUGAUCUCGUUCCUGACGUUCCCCACGGUGCCGGAGCCGAUCGACUCGCACCGCGAGCUGGCAGAGACCGGCGUCGAGGUCGGCAGCUGGGGUGGCACGCUCGGAGAGCUGAUGGCCGCCUCGACCAACCCCUGGGACCGUCAGCUGGCCACCCGCUACAUCCCCAACUACGACUUCGACAACGCUCUGCGCCGAGUGUUCGCACAGGAGUACGGCUACAUCGAGAACCGAAACACGCUCAUCUACUACAUCCAGAAGUACUACACCACCAAAACCGGCCAGAAGCAGCUGCAUAUCAUGGACGAAUGUUUCCAGAACUUCAUGAUCAGCGUCAUGCUCCCCAAGUACUCGAUGCUGACGGACCUGUUCAGCAGGACCAUCCUGCGGGUUCGCGAGGCCGGUCUGAUUCCAAUCUGGUUCAGCUGGUCGCUGGACGCCGUUAAGACGGAGCUGGUGGACAUCGCGCGCGGUUCCAGCUCCGACUCCCGCCGGCGCAGUCUGAGUCUGGAGCACAUGCAGGGUGUGUUCCUGCUGCUGCUGCUCGGCUGGGUGCUCAGUCUGCUGUCGUUUCUGGCUGAGUUCGGUGUGAGGAAGGUGGGGACAGGGCGCACCACGCCGCCACCGGCACCCACCCCGCCCGUGGAGACAGCGGUUCCCACUGAGAGGGGCGAGGUCCUGCUGCUCAGUAUGUAG